CUUCGUCCAGGUGGGGAAUGCCGCGGGGGGACACGAGGCGCGCCGCCACGACAGCACCUCGACCUCGGCGCCUCCCCGUCCUCAUCAACGCCACGCGCCAAAUGCGAGCCCCCCGCCGCCUGCCGCUCGUCGCAUUGCUCCCCCUCUUCGUCCGAUCGGUCCGGUGGGCAUGGCUACCAGCAGCAGCAACAGCAAUCCAUUCAGCUUCGUGUUGAGGGGGCUCCGAGACCGCGACGGUGGCAAUUGUGGCAGCUACUACAGCAUCCUCGACCUAGGCGAUCAGCGAAUAGAUAAACUGCCAUACACCAUUCGUGUUCUUCUUGAAUCUGCGGUACGUAAUUGUGACGAGUUCCAAAUAACCAAGGAGGAUGUAGAGAAGAUCAUGGGCUGGGAGAAAACCUCCCUGGAGCAAGUUGAAAUACCAUUCAAACCCUCACGUGUGAUACUUCAGGAUUUUACUGGUGUGCCUGUCCUUGUUGACCUUGCAAGCAUGCGUGACGCAAUGUCGGAAUUAGGUGGCAAUCCUGAUAAGAUUAACCCGAUGGUUCCAGCAGAUCUUGUAAUUGAUCACUCAGUAACUGCUAAUGUGGUGAGGUCACAAAAUGCGAUACAGGCCAAUAUGGAACUGGAAUUCGAGAGAAACAAGGAACGGUUCGCCUUCCUUAAAUGGGGGUCUUCUGCAUUUCACAAUAUGCUUAUCAUACCUCCUGGUUCUGGUAUUGUUCAUCAGCCCAUGAGCAUGGUAUUACCUGGUGUCGUUGGAUUCAAGCUACAUGGAACACUAAGGGAUGGGGUCACAGCAACUGAUCUAGUUCUCACAGUUACCCAAAUGCUUCGGAAACAUGGUGUUGUUGGAAAGUUUGUGGAGUUCUAUGGCCGAGGUAUGGAAGAGCUUGCAUUGGCUGAUAGAGCAACAAUUGCAAAUAUGGCACCAGAGUAUGGAGCAACUGUUGGUUUCUUUCCAGUUGACCAUAUCACCUUAGAAUAUCUUAAAAUGACUGGAAGAGAAGAUGAAACUGUAUCAACAAUAGAGGCAUAUCUACGUGCAAACAAAAUGUUUGUGGAUUACAAUGAACCUAAAAUAGAACCGACAUAUUCAUCGUACAUAGAAUUGGAUCUGGGAGAUGUUGAGCCAUGUAUUUCUGGUCCGAAGAGACCUCAUGAUCGAGUCACCUUAAAAGACAUGAAGGCAGACUGGCAUGCAUGUCUGGAAAAUAAAAUUGGUUUCAAGGGUUAUGGUAUCCCAAAAGAUUUGCAAAAUAGAGUUGUGAAGUUUGAUUUUCAUGGGCAAACUGCAGAGCUUAAACAUGGGACUGUUGUCAUAGCUGCUAUCACAAGCUGCACAAACACCUCAAACCCCACCGUUAUGAUUGCUUCUGGGUUGGUUGCAAAGAAAGCUUACGAGUUGGGCCUCGAGGUCAAACCAUGGAUUAAAACAAGUCUUGCACCUGGGUCAGGAGUUGUUACCAAAUAUCUGCUUAGGAGUGGUUUGCUGAAGUACUUAAGCGACCUGGGUUUCAAUCUAGUUGGGUAUGGCUGUACUACUUGUAUCGGAAAUUCAGGUGAUCUUGAUCAAAUCGUUGCAGAUGCAAUUACAGAAAAUGACAUCAUCGCGGCUGCUGUUCUUUCUGGAAACCGUAACUUUGAAGGGCGGAUACAUCCAUUAACUCAAGCUAAUUAUCUUGCUUCUCCUCCUCUAGUCGUUGUAUAUGCUCUUGCUGGCACUGUUGAUAUCAAUUUUGAAGAGGAGCCAAUUGGAACUGGAAAGGGCAACAGACCAAUUUUCCUAAGGGACAUCUGGCCAUCUAGCAAGAAAGUAUCAGAAAUUGUGCAUUCCAAUGUCUUGGUUGAUAUGUUCAAAAGUACUUAUGAGGCAAUCACGAAAGGCAAUCCCAUGUGGAACCAACUGGUGGUUCCAACAGCAGAUGUUUACUCUUGGGAUCCUAAUUCAACCUACAUUCGUGAGCCUCCUUUCUUUAAAGGCAUGAGUAUGGAUCCACCUGGGCCUCAUAGUAUAAAGGAUGCCUACUGCUUGUUGUGCUUUGGUGACUGUGUAACCACAGAUCAUAUUUCACCAGCUGGGAGCAUUCACAAGGAUAGCCCAGCUGCCAAGUAUCUUGUUGACCAUUCUGUGAAGCCCGGGGAUUUUAAUUCGUAUGGCAGCCGUCGCGGAAACUAUGAAGUAAUGAUGAGGGGAACCUUCGGCAAUAUUCGGAUUGUCAACAAGCUUUUGGACGGUGAACCUGGACCAAAAACAAUUCACGUUCCAACAAGAGAGAAGCUUUAUGUCUAUGAUGCUGCCAUGAGGUAUAAGAAUGAUGGGCAAGACACAAUUGUAUUGGCAGGUUCUGAAUAUGGGACUGGAAGUUCGAGGGACUGGGAUGCAAAACGCACUAUGUUGCUGGGAGUUAAGGCUGUAAUUGCCAAAAGUUCCGAAAGAAUCCAUUGAAGCAAUUUAGUCGGGAUGGGUGUUAUUCCUCUGUGCUUCAAGUCUGGAGAAGAUAUGGACUCAAUUGGUUUGACUGGACAAGAACAAUACACUAUUCAUCUUCCAAGCAGUGUUCAUGAAAUGCAGCCCGGCCAGGAUAUUGUUGUUACCACAAGCACACGAAAAUCGUUUACGUGUACGCUUCGCUUUGACACAGAGGUGGAACUGUCUUACUUUGAUCAUGGGGGAAUACUACAAUACGUUAUGCGAAAACUUAUCAGUUCAGCACAUUAGUAUCUUCGAGAGCACGUUUGCAUGGGAAAUUAAAGCAUGAGGUCCAGAACUUUCUUCUUUUGGCGUUUCCUUGUAUAUAUUAAUUAUGUCCUGUAGUAUGAAUUUUAUGAUGCUUUUUUAUCUUAGCUUUGAAAUAAGGUGAUUACAAUAAACCACCGAUGUUGAAGCAUGAUUUGUAUGUACCUGACUAUCCUUUAGCAUGCAUGUGAGAUCGGAUAACAAAGAAUACUUCACAUGAUAAUACUCAAUAUGUUCAUUUGCAGGUUUUUUUUGUU